UCAGCAGACUCAUCGAGCCCGUGGUGGGCAACAGUACCAUCAACCCCGGAAGCAUUACAACCAGCCUCACCGGAAAGACAGACACAGCUCUCACAAGCAGCGAUCCAGAUAUCACCGAUAGAACCCGAGAGAUGUCCAUCCCCUACAUCAUCAACUUACCCUGGCUGCCGGGCUGCUAUCAGCGAGGCGUACCGUAGACGUGGAACGCCAAAAUCAGCAAUUCAGAUAAUGCUUAAUUCUCUCUCAAACAAUACUCUUAAACAGUAUGAUACUUCUUUUAAACAAUGGUGGCUUUUUUGUGAACACCAUAAGAUUGAUGUUUAUCAAGCUUCUGUACCAUUUGUACUCCAAUUUUUAACUGAGCGUUUUGAUAGUGGGGCAUCUUACGGCACAAUUAAUAGUAGUAGGUCAGCUCUAUCUCUUCUUAUUGGCCCUAGAAUAGGAUCUGAUGAUAGGAUUAAACGGUUUGUCAAAGGAGUAUUCCGAUUAAAACCUCCAACGCCAAAAUAUAACAUAACGUGGGAUCCCGGUGUUGUUCUCAAUUACAUAAAAGGGUUGUACCCUAAUGAAGCUAUAAGCCUAGAACAGCUUACCCAUAAAGUAGUGACGUUACUCGCCUUGACGACAGGCCACAGGGUCCAAACAUUAUCUUUGGUUAAGAUUAAUAAUAUCCAAUUUAAUCAUGACAGCGUCCAAAUUUUUAUACCUGAUUUAAUAAAAACUUCAGGCAAAAAUAGUAAACAACCAUUACUAUAUUUAAAAAAAUUCAACAAUAAAAUUGAAAUUUGUCCCGUCACUACUUUACAGUCUUAUAUUAAAAGAACACAGCAUGUUAGAAAUACUAACAAUCUUUUCAUUACACAUAAAAAACCUCAUCAUGCUGUCUCUACACAGACUAUAAGUCGCUGGAUAAAAAAUGUCCUUAGGGAGGCGGGCAUAGACGUUACCAUCUUCACAGCUCAUAGCACUAGACACGCCAGCACAUCUGCUGCAAGCAGAUCUGGUAUAUCUAUAGAUGUUAUCCAAAAAACAGCUGGUUGGUCACAAAACUCUAUUUGCUUUGCUAAACAUUAUAACAGACCUAUUACCUUAGAACCUACUGAGUUUAGCAAUACUAUAUGUAACUUGGUAUCAGACUGAUUGUUAUACUGUUAUGUUGAUUAUAAUUACAUGAUUAUCUUAAGUUACU